AUGACUGAAGCUGAGCCCGGUCCCAGCUCUGUGCUGAGCGAGUACUACUAUGACCCCCACAUGCUCACCUGGUAUGAGCCAAAGCUUACGGAUGCUGAGCCCAAGGCACGAGAGAUUGUCAAAAUGUAUAGCAAUAUCCCGCCUAAUGAGGUCGUACAAUACGUCAACAGCCUAUUUCGUGAUCCGUGCACUCGAUUUCAUGGAUAUAAGCAUCCCCCAACAACCGAUCUAUCCAAAGAUCCCCGAGCGUCUCAAAGCUCGUUAGAAGCUAUUGGACGCUGGAUGCGCCCUGGGCCAAGAGCUGCGUACGUUGGUAUGCUCUCUAUCAGAGGCGCCAUUAAUCCAUCGACACUAGCAUCUCAUAUAGGUCUUCGACGGCUGCCCUCCGAGAAUCUCAACGCCACCAAUCUCCGCCGCGACUUCUUCUCAUUUAGCUUCAACCGCUUCAAAGACCGCGCCAGAUUCAGAAAAUUAAUUAAUCGAGCCAGAAAUCUUCGACCCCACCUCGCAGCUAGCCCAACAACUCACCGGUAG